CAACUCCAUAAUUUCAACGAAUAAAAAAUGGAGCAAAAAUACGCCGUCGUCGUAUUUAAAGAGUGUAAAGAUAAUCAAGACAUAGAGACUGUGGAGGCCAUUCCAGUUUCAUGGAUAUCUAAUGGUUCCAUUUUAUGGCCGAACAAUUAUGGACAUAAAGUUUUAAAAAAAGCAAUCAAACGUUGUGAAUCGCCCAAGGAAGACUGGACACAAUAUCAAGGAAGAGUUCUUGGACAAUAUGGGACUUUGCAAGAAGCUAGACAGGAGUCCAAAGUUGCAGAGGGAACAUCUGAUUUAUCCAGCGCCAAACGCCGUGUCGUGAAGAAGAAUGUUGGACCCGUUACUCAGCUACCAAACCCUCCGCGACAUCAAAUUGAAGAAAUGGCUUCAACUUCUCAAACUAUUUACACAAUUCAAGAGUUGCUGGCUGCUGGUGUCGAUACGGGAAGGAAUCAAGAGGGGGACCACUUUGCAGGAAAUGAGGGCGACGACUUUGGAGGAAUGGAGCGUGGCGAAAUAAUCCUGAAUAAUGCAAUGAGCCAGGCUCCCCCGCAAAGGGUAGAAGAAAUGAAUAGAACCGUUGGCGAUCAAGGAUUACUCCCUGAAAUUCUAAAGAAAAUAGAAAGAAUAACUAUUGUACUCGAUCGCCAACAAGAUCAACUGGAUGAAAUUGUGCAGAUUUUAAAGAAUAAUCAGUAUAAUCAACCGCUCGCUUCCAGUCAGCAAACUUUCUCCUUUCCUUUCGGAUUAUUUCCACUUCGGGAUUCUGCAGCUCUUUCGUCACUGGAUGAGCAAUUAAAAAAUGAUGAGGCUGCCAAAAAUGCAUUGAUUCGUAAGCUGAAAGAUUGCGGGGGUGCAACUUUGUUAGAAGCCGUUAAAGGGAUGAUGUCCUUUUUAAUGACGGAUGAACUUUGUUCACUCUAUAGUCACAAAGGGAAGCGGGGAAAAUUGUCGCUGGCCGAUCAUGCUCUUCUUGUGAAUUCGAUUUUUGAUGCACUGAUGAGAAAUCCACGGACAUCUGGAGAAGCAACCUUGAUUAAGUAUUAUGAAGUGCUUCCGACUGUUUUGAAGCAAGCCCAUGAUCGAGUUAGACAAAGGAGAAAUGUAGCUGCUCAACCUGGCAAUCCUGAGUGAAGAUAAAAUUAUAAAUUAUAUCAUUAACUUAUUAAUUUUUUGAUACAAAUUGUAUUGGUAGUUAUUUGUUGUAAAAUAAAUUAAGACACAAACAAUGCAA